CCAUCCAUGUCCAUGUAUACCCGCCCCCCCUGGCGCUCGGAUCGCUUCAUCCGCCUCCAUUCGUGAUCAUCUGGCAGUCGUUGGGACGUCUCGUGUCAAGCUGGCAUCUGCUCGAUACAUCAUCUACAGCACUCGCGCCACCCGUAGUCGGCUCGUGGCCGCGGACACAGCCGGUAAAUCGUCAUCGCGUACGUCUUCCUCGAGGCGCUUUGCGUGACGCCGCGACACCGACGUACGCGCCUCGCGCCCCCGGCUGUUUACGCCUCGCAGAUCUCCUUUGCUCGUUCAACUUCCCCAUCCCAACAUCUCGCAGCUGCGCCCUCGUCACCUCUACAGCCCUCCAUCCUCUCGUUCAAAUCCUUUUCUCACACCAGAUAGGCGGCAGGCAGCAGAGCACGCAUGGUCGAGCGGGCCAUGUCGCCCUAAGUUGUCGGUCAACACUUUCAAGCAGAGGCGCAUUCUGUCAUCAUGAGUCGCAGACAGCGCGAAUGGGGGGGAGGUGCGGUGAGCUCGAGUAGUGGUGGACACGGUGCAGGCCCGAGCUCUGGCAGCGCAACAGCAGGAGCAGGAGCAGGUGCAGCAGGGACAGGGUCGUCGCGAAUCAUCAACCAGAAAGCAGCCCUAGCAUCAGCCUAUCAAGAACUGGGUAAGGAACUAGCUUCAGGCAAGCUUAAAAGCGUUGGCAGCUACACGCUAGGCAGACCGAUUGGCGAAGGAACGUUUGGAAAAGUCAGAAUGGGGGUUCAUAGACUCACGGGCACUCGAGUGGCCAUCAAGCAGGUACCCAAAGCUCAUAGUGCCAGUCUCACCAGGGAGAUCCAUCAUCAUAGACGUCUGCACCAUCCUCACGUCAUGCAGCUCUACGAAGUCAUUGCUACCGAGAGCAACAUCUGGAUGGUGUCUGAGCUGUGCGCAGGCGGAGAGCUGUACGACUACCUGGUGGAGCGAGGCACGAUGCCGGAACCUGAAGCUAGAAGGCUAUUUGGCCAGCUUUGCUUGGCAGUAGCAUACAUCCAUGGGAGAGGCAUCGUGCAUCGAGAUCUCAAACUCGAAAACGUGCUCUUGGAUGAGCGCUGCAAUGUCAAGCUGGGAGACUUUGGCUUUACGCGAGAGUUUGAGGGAAAGAGGCUCAUGGAUACCUUUUGUGGCACGACGGGCUAUGCUGCGCCAGAAAUGCUUGCUGGAAAAAAGUACACGGGAGAAGAGGUGGACAUCUGGUCACUAGGUGUCAUCCUGUACGCUUUGCUCUGUGGAACCCUGCCUUUCGACGACGAUGACGAGGCAGUCAUGAAGGAAAAGAUCUUGGCUUGCGAAUUCGACCUGCCAGACCUCAUCUCGGAAGAGUCCAAGGACCUAUUAAGCUCCGUCUUGCAGUUGGACCCCACCAGUCGACCGUCCAUCAAGAGCAUCCUGAGCCAUCCUUGGUUCAGCAAAAUCAUGAUCAGCAGCCCGAUGUCGCCUCUCGAUGAAGAUGCGGCGGCGGCCGAGCCAUCGUACUUUGUCAAUCCGCCUGCUUCCAGCAGCGGUCCUAGAGGGAGGGAGUCAAAUCCAAAGCCGAGCGAUCCGGCAGCGGGAGAGCGAAGCGCUCCAGCAAAUGGCGCACACGAGGAGCUGGGCGCGGCCACUGAUGCCCAGGCAGAUGCCACUUCUCCUCCCGCAUCCACAGAAACGAGCUACGAAACAGCUCCGACCAGGUCAUUGGAAGAGCCGCUCGACUCGUCGCAUCAAGUGACGAUGACCCCGCUUCCGAGUGGCAGCAAAGCGGACAGGACUUCGGUCGAGCAGCUCGGUGCGCGGUCGUCCCACCCCUCUAAUUUUUCGGAAGCCAGCUUCCACACAGUCAUGAGUGACAGUGGCAGCAGCGACCAGCGCUCGAGCAGGACGGGAGGCACUAGUCCCAUCACGGACUCCACUUCGGAACAUGACGAGCCCACGGGCUCUGGCGGACAGGGAAGCGGCACCUCUCCAGUCAGGAAAUCGUCGACUGCGUCGGGCGAGUCCACAGACACUGCUCCUACAAAGACAAGAGGGCUUGCUUUGCACAAGAACGAAUCGCAGACCACGAUCCGACGGGAAGGCUCAAACGGCAGCGAUGUAUCGAGAGGUAGGGGCAAUUCCAUUGCGGCUCCGGCUGGCAAGGCUGCGGCGUCGACGCUCCCAACCCAUCAUGAGGGACCUGCUGCACUGGAAGAGUCGGCGGAAUCGGAGACCGAGGACGUGCAUACAUCCUCGCGGCCGCCCUCGGCGCUUUCCGCUCGGCUGGCGCGCGCAGGAUCUCAAAGUUCUGCGAGAGGUCACGCUCGGACACCAUCGAGGACGAAACGUCGCUCGCUUUCGUCAGGCGGCCUUUCAGAUCAUCAUCCUCCUCAUUUGGCGCCCAAGCCAGUGAAUUAUGUGGCCUUACUGGAGGAUGCUUCUCCUGCACUCUUCACAAGUGUUGUGGAACAAAAUCUGCUGCAUUCACUCAGCAAUCUCGGUCUGGACGUCGGUCAGGUGGUUCACAGCGUCUUGACAGAUGCUUGCGAUGCCAGCGGCGGCCUGUGGUGGUUGCUCAAGCUCAAGGCAUCAGACGCACAAGAUGCAGCCCUCGCGCUGCCUGCUUCUGCAGGUAGCGUCGUGUCUAGCUCAGCCCCUCGUCUUGGCCCGGCACCGCCUCCAAUUCCCAUCAAGGAUCCUAAUCGACCCUCCAGCACAACCGCCAGUCCGUCCAAGAAGGACGAAAGUCUCUCCGAGGCUUCCAUGACGCCCCGAGCUACCUCUGUCGGAGCCAAGCCAGCCAAAGUCCCGCCGCUCAAACUUGCCAAGGAGAGCGAACGACCUUCCACCGCGCCGGCCUUGACGCCGACCAGCGAUACAGGCAAAUUCCCCAGCACUACAAUUGCUGAAUCCGCGUCCACCCAAACCGGGGGCAACGCACCCAUCGGCCCGAUCCAGACUGUGCCCAGACCUGUGCGAGCUGAUCGGAAUCGCACGAGCUCCUUUAGCAUCAAGCUGUCCAGUGUGCUAGCGAAUGCUGCACGUAAAGAUUCCGGCGAUGGUGCUGGUGAAGAUGGAGAUGAUGUGGCAGUGCCAGAGCGCUCCAAAAGCCCUGUCAGCAUGCUGUUCGGCAGUAGAAAGGUGGGUGGCACGGUCAAGGAUAAGACCAGGCAAGGCUCGCCAGCUGCUCCAAGCACCGCUCUGCCUGCGAGUCGAAGCGCCCUCGCCAAUUUGAAUACGGGUUCCAGAUUGCCUGAUGGCACGCCCUCGCCGAGACCGAAGAAAGACCCAGCGCGAGAUAGAGAACGCAUCCGGUCGUUGAUGGCAGGGAAGGAGGCCGACGACGACGAGUCCUUGACACAGGGAAGUCCUCGGCCGGUCACAAAGUCGCCUGGUACGCCUGGCAAGGCCAAGGCAUCAUCCCGGCUAGAGUUGAGUGCACCCAUGACGAAAUCGGUGGACACUUUCAGCACCGUGUCUAGCACCAACGACGAGGUCAAGUCAUCCACAUCCAAACCACGGCUCAAGUCCAACUUCCUCAGCACCGUGAGGACAUGGCUCGGUGCCGAGGACAAGCAGGGAAAACGCAGGCGCAAAGCGAAUGCGAGCGGAUCGUCCACCAAGACGGGCUCCGUUUAUGGGCACGACGGCUUGGGAUCUUUGCAUCAGGGCUCUGUGGCUCGACGUAGCAGCGUCAGUCGGCGUGCCAAUCCGUACCCGACCGGAUCUAUGGCUGGUCCUGUGCGAUCUCCUCGCAGCCCGCAAAGGGGCUCCUUGAGCCGCCGCAGCUCUUCUGGCAGCGCACACCUCUUCGAUGGUCAUUUGGGCGGUGGCCCGCCCAUCAGGCCUGUCAAUCUGCGUCGUCAGAGCGCCGGAAGCAUCACGCCCACUGCGACCCUGCAUGGCGGUGACGCGGCAGAAUUUGCCCACUUUGGAGCUUUGCAACGAUCGAGACCGUCGAGCUCGCAAUCUCUUCAUAGACCGCCUCAUGCUGGCUUGCAUCACAAACAGGGGUCCGCCAGUAGUUCUGGCUCUUUUAUGCGGCAGCAGCAACAACAGGGCAGCAUGCGCGGCGCGCACAGCAGACGACCCAGCACGGAUGGCGGGACCACCGUCAGGCGGCAUCGCCAGUACCCAAGCGUCCACUCUUUGACCGACAGACCGCGAUCCGAGGCUAGCAAUUCUCGACCAUCUUCCUUGUACGCACCAGCCGUGGCGGAGGAAAAUGAGGAAGAGUCGCAGGGAGGUCAUGGAGCGGCGACUCCACGUCGAGUGUCGCUGGAGUCGAGAUCGGCAAUGGCGGAAGGCAGUCAAGGUCGCGCUUCGCCCGUCGUGCAGCAGGCUCAUGCCCACGCACCUCAUCGGGCGAGCGUGUUUGUGGCGCACAAAUCCAGAUCACCCUAUGGACCGCCUUCGGCAAGUCCGAUGCUGCAGAGCGCUCUACACUCCAAGCUCUCUUCGCCUAAUCCCACGCCUGCGGCCCAUGGCGAAGCACCUGCUGCUGGAACGGGAAUGUGGAGGAGAAGUUGGGGUCGACCUCCUCCCAGCUGGGCUGGCCCCGUGGACAUGGGCCCGACGAGAAGCGAGCUCGCGGCUGCAGCCUUGAUCGCCCGACCCAAACUUCGAGACGUUUUUGCGGAUCGCGAAGAUGACGAGUGGGAAGAUGAGGAUGACGAACCUACGUAUGCAGGCGGUCUGGGCCAGCUGGACUCCUUUGGAUCUGGCUGGCGUGGCACCUCUAGGAAUACCGCAGGCUCUGGCUUUGAAUCCAUGUUUGGGGGAAUAAACAGCGGGAGAAGCGUCUCUGGCCUUCCACCUACAUCCACCACGGCCUUUGGCACACCUUCUCGCAUCGGCUUUGGGAACAGCGAAGGUAGCCUGCUAUCAUCUGGAAGAUAUGCGGGCGUGCGUUCCAUCUUUCAGCCUCCUUCCUUGGGCCGUGACACAGCACCUCGACUUUUAUCGAUGCAGAUAAACGCCGAUGAAGAUGCUUCCGCUGGAUCUGCCCUGGGUUCUGCGUCGGAUACGAAUUCUGCGGACAAGUCGACGUUGGGCGCGCCUUCGAAUAAGGAUGCGCCUCCGAACAACUUGACCGGUGUUGCGCCGGCAGCGCCUGCUUCUGGCCUCAUGGGCACGGGCACAGCUAGGCUUCGCGGGCCGACGCCGGCUUUCAAGACCAUCACGAUCGAAGAGGAAGAGGAGGAUGAGUAGUGCGGCAUGCGGCUGAGCAACCCUCUCUUUGGAAAGAAAAAAAGUGUCUUUACGCGAGUCGUCUUUUGGCUUUCCCGCGGUUCGAUUUGCCUCCUUGCCCGCCCGCAUCACCUUUGCGACUCGAGAUCUGUCACGGCCUUUUCGACUCCCCAUUUCAACUGGCACACGUCCCUUGCUCGGACGUUCUCCUCUUGCACCUGGACGGCUACGAAUUUCGCUCGACAAACCUCCAAAAUUUCUGCGCAUUUUUGAUACCAAAGGACACUAUUCACUUUUGCUCGUCGGCGUCAUUUUCCCCAUUGAUCGACUUUUGCCAAGCCAUACGUUCCGAGAGCACGAUUCUUUUCUUCCCCCC